AUGGACUUUCUGCUUGUUGAAAGUGUCUUACUUCAUCCAUACGAUUUUCAGGCGGCCGAAGAGGCGGUAGGUCUGCGUAACUCCGAGUUGGCAGAAAUGGAUGGUCGAGACGUGCUUCCCACUACUUCUGCAUCAUCGAAAGCUAUUCCUGGUAAGAUUGACGGCGUGCGGUCGCCCACUCCAGCAGUCGACACAACGGAGGUGCGUGUGGUUGACAACGCUUCGUCGUCCUCGUCACGGGUACCGACCAGCUCCGAGAAUUCCGAUCAGCAACCGACGGGACGCAAAUGGCGACAUCACGCCGGCAGAAACCGCUUCUUUUGCGAUGGACGUAUAAUUAUGGCACGGCAAAUCAAUGUUUUCGUCUUCACUUUGUUCCUGAUUUCGACUACACUCACUGCACCAUUUCUUUACAACGAGAUAUCACCCGUGUUACCAGUGCUUCCCGCGAUACUAUCCUUUUUGGUGAUGGUCAGUUUGUUGAAGACAUCGUUCAGUGAUCCAGGGAUUCUUCCGCGAGCACCAAAUAUGGAGGUGUCAGAACGUGCACGGCAACAUUUUAAUGAGAUUAUUUCCGAUCCUGAUUACAAUCCAGAUACGAGCGCUCUUCCUGAUCCUCCUAGAACGAAACAGUGGUGA